AUUUAUCCGAAUAACACUUCAUUAAAGAACAUUCUUUUAAUCUUAAAUCUAUAUAAUUUAUGAAUCUGUUUUGCUGAACUUGUAGUUUAUGGUUAAAAAAAAAAAAAAAAAGAAAAGAAAAAAGAGAAAAAAGAAAAAAAAAGAGAGAGAGAGAGAGAGAGGAAAAAGAAAGAAAGAAAGCGUCUUUCCCCUCUCCUCUAAAACAAGAAUGCAAGACGCUUAAAGACGCGAUGCAUUUUAAGUGAGCAAGCUUUUGUAGAAGUUAAUAAUCAAUGUUUUAAUUAUUUAAUUUUGUUCGUUUUAUUUAAUAUAAAUUUGUAUAGUUAUUAUCAUGGAAGCUUUGUUACCUUCGGAAAUAGCUCGAUUAGUGUUUGGAUAUCUGGAGGAUCAUGAUUGUAAUGAUGCUGCCAGGGUAUUCUUAGAAACAUCUCCACAUCUUCAAGAAUGUCGUAAUGCAUUAUCAAAAGGAAGACGUUUUAAUACUCGUAUCAGUGGAUUAACUUUAAUAGAUAUUGUUGAAAAAUAUUCGGCAAUGAGUGUUAUGAUACAGGAACGUUUAAACAAAAUCACGGAUAGUGAACAUUUAAAGCAUUGUGGAGAUCUGUUAGAACAAUUAAAAUUUUUAGUAGAAGAAACACGUGGGCAACGGUUCGUUGUAAAUAUCAAUGUGCCUUCACAGGCUAACCAGCAAGCAUUAAGUGGAUCUCCAAUAAUAUCAGGCAGUAGAAAAAAGAGGCAUCACAGCAAUAACGAGAAAGAACGGCACAAAGCUAAUGCAAAAUCAUCUAAUCCAGUUUGUCAGGAAUCUGGUUUAAUGUCAAAUCAUGCAAUUGGUUGCGAAGCAACAGCUCUUGAAAGUUUACCUGGACAUACAGAAGCAAUAAAGCAUACAGAAAAAUGUGACGAUGUACAAAGUGACAUUAAUAAUGCAGUGGGACAAUCAAUGCAAUCCAAUUCUAGGAAAAAUAGUUUGACAGAUAGCAAUCAUACCACGGAUAGCAGAGAUAAAGUUGCAGUAUCGGAUUCGGGCGAUAAUAUUGAUACUAGAAAUUUUAAUGUAAACAUCAUUAAUGAAAACAAAUGUAGGAAAGAUGACGUUGUAAAAGUUACUACCAUGAAUGAAAAGUGUACCACAGGGACAAAUACAGAAGAAUUGUUAUCUUUUUCUAAUACAGAGGUUCAAACUACACCUUGUGAAUUGCUUGAUUAUGAAUCGGAGUCUAACGACGAGCCUAUUCAAAACCUUAGUUUGUUGACAAAGGAAUUGUUAAAUCGAACGGAAUUACAAGAACGUAUCGCCGAAAAUAUAAAUAAAGCGAUUCUUCCGACUGAUACAUUUCUAAGGGAAGAAAAGGAAAUUUUAAAUGAAUCCACAGGUUAUGAACUAAAUACAUCGGUCGUAUCUGAGUUAAAUAAUGCUAUUAAAUCAAUAGUAGAAGCAACAGAAUCUGAUCCAGUGUUUGAACAAUUUCUGGAUGAAAUCAUUGGAAAAAACAUAGAAACAGACACAAGUCCUGACGAGGAUAUUGAUGUUAAAUCAACUCCUACAGAUAGGUCAGAAGAAAAACGAAUGGAAAUUGAUAAUAUUGGGAUUGCAUUACCAGAACAGACAGUUGUUGGAGCUAAAUCGUCUAAUGAAAUAACUUCAACAGAAGUGCCAUUGAAACAAAGGCUUCGUAGUUCUUCUAGACAACAAACUGCUAGAAUAGAAGAUGAGAUUUAUAAACAAAAGGAACAAAGUGCUUUGGAAGAUCAGAAUGCAGCAGCUAUUUUAAGUAUUAUAAAUGCUAACAUAACGAAUACGCACGUUAGACCGGAAAAUGAUAAAAGUAAUGAUAACAAAGAAUCGUGCACGGCAGAAACUAAUAAUGAUAAAAAAUCUCCAGCCUCUGUACCUAGUAACAGUAAUGCUGACUUAUCUGAAAAAUAUUCUACGCAAAUGGAAAAUCAGAAAAUGGAUAAUAUUAUUGCAAACAAAGAAACAGAAUCUAAACCAAAGAGAUCAAUGGUCAAACGUCCACGACCUACAAAAAUUAAACGAGAAUCUGAAAUCAAUUCUAAUGAUUUAAUCUCGGAACAAGAUAUUAUGACUAUGCCAACAUUGGUAUUGUGCUCGAAGGAAGAGAUAACUAAUAUUCGAGCUUUAAAUCCAUCUUAUUCGAUUGGAAAUAUUCAUCCUAUUACUUCUAAUUCUACUUCACAUUUUAUUCCAAUAAUGCCUAAAGAUCCUAACAAAACUAAAGAAUCAGUGGAAACUUUGUAUGUUAGAACAGUAAAUGUACCACAAAAAUAUGUAUUGCCAACAACUGUACAAAAUAUACAAGAAGACGCAAAGAAUUUAUCAAAUAGUAAGGUACAAUCAUCAUCUCAAAAAGAAAACAUUGCUCAUAGCAAAUUAAAGCCUAUACAAAAUAUUGACAAAUUGAUACAAAAUACAUGUAAUCCUAUUUUUCUAGAUCCAAUUGAAACAAAUAAAUUAGUGAGUAUGGAAUCAAUAACACUUUAUAGCACAGAAAAUAGUAUUAAAACAUCUUUGAAUAGUACAAAUAUGCCUAUAAUUAACGUUGAAGAGAACAUCAGUUUGUCGGGAAUAGAAUUAUCUCCUUAUUUGAAGUUUAAUUCUAAAUCUAAUCAAAGCCAUAAUUUGUCAGAUAUUGAUCUGGUACUUAUGGAAAAUUUUAAAACAUUCACACAAUCUGCACCGAAUGAAAGUAAAGAACAGAAUGUUAUGACGUCUAAAAAGACUGAAGGUGAUAUAAUUAAUAAACGAACACCAAGAUCUUUAUUAAAACAUAGGGCGAAAACACAUAGGCUCAGUUUAUCUACUCCUCGAAGGAAUAGCCAUGUAAGAACGCUUGAUUUUAAUACGCCAACGAAAUUAAUACAUUCCGCUUCAAAGAUGCAAGAUAAUGAAAAUUUGAGCUGUUCUCCCAAGUUAUUAAGACCUAUGAAAUCAGUUCGUAGAACUUCUCUCUUCAAAUCACCGCCGUUCACUAAUUCAUCUGUAACAAUACCAACGUUUCAAAAUGCAUUAAAUAUUGGACAAUCUAAUGAAAUACCUAUAGCAACUAGAAGUCCUAUUCCAAAACUUAUGGGAGGUUGGGAAAAAUAUAAUGGUGUAGGUGUAAUCAUAGAUGAUCCAUCACCUUGUAAAAGCAAUGGUAUUAAUUCUCCUAUAUCAAUAAAUAAAUUUCAAAGAUCUAAGACAAUAGCAAAAAGUUGGGAUGCAGAUUUGCGUAAGUGUUUACAGACAAGCGAUGAGAGAUCUACAUCGACAGUAAGUAACAAAAAGAAGAAAAAAGUUACUGAAAGUAAAAAUAAUAUCGCAUGUAAAAGUUCAAAACGUAAUUUGCAAUGCUUAAAGACUAAAGGUAGGAAAAAAUCUAAUGACGAAAGAGCUAUAGUUGAUGUAAAGAAACAAUAUGUUGAAAAAGAGGAUGAAGAAUUAAUAACCAGUGUACAAGAUGUUAAAAAGAAUAAAACAGAUGUACCAAUGGAAAUGAGCAAUAAGCCACUUUCUAAGGAUCUAUUAAGUAAUACGAACAGAGAAGUAACAAGUGGUACAGAUAAUUCUUGUGUUUUAGAGAAGAUAGAGACGGGCACAGAUACGUGCACGAUUAAAUCGACUUGUCCUGUAGCUGUAGUAGAAAACAACAUUACAACAGGUACAAACAAUAAGGAAACAACUGAGAAAAAGAUUGUGAAAAAAUAUGUACAAUUAAAAACAUUAAAGACAAAUUUAAGAAAAUCAGAAAAAGAGAAAAAUGUUACAAAUAAUGUAUUGCCUACUAUAGAAGUUGUUCCAAUAUCUGAAUCUCUGAAAGGCAAUGUUGAAAAUAUUCAACAGAUUGUUCCAAUAUCUGAUAUAAUAGAUUUAGAAACACCAAGAAAAUUUGGAAAUUCUUCUGGAAUACCUUCAACGCCUCGUUUACUUAGUCCAAAUAGCAAUAUUAUUCCAUCGUUUAUUAAAACCAGCGAUGAUUCGACCAAAAUACGUAGCUUAAUAAAUACACCGGAAUUUCCAACUACACCUUGCAUUGCAUUGACUCCAAAACAUUGCGAGGAAAAUACGCGCGAUGUUAUAAAAAAAGGAAUAUAUAAUGGUUGUAUAUCGCCUUAUUAUAAACCAAGUACAGAACAUGUAAAUCCCUGUGAUUCUGAAAAAACAAUAAAAAUUGAUAUGAAAUUUGAUAACGAUGCAACGAAACAUUUGGCUAUCCCAAUUUCUGACACUAAGUCAAUUGGUACAACUCAAUUGGCACUAAAUACGGACAAUGGUUAUGAUAAUGUAUCUGUUUCUACUAAGCUUGAAAUAACACAGUUUGAAGUAAUCAAAGAAAAUUUGCCAAAGGAUGAAGCUGUCAAAGAACUUAAAAUAUCCUCUAAAACUAAGGACAUUACGUCUGCUAAUUUGAAUACAACUCCUAUGCAAAAUGAUGAAAGUGAUAAUAAAGUUGUUACAUUAAUUAAUGAAAAAUCUCUCAGUAUUCGUGAAAAUUCAACUGAUAGCGACACAUCUUCAUCCUCUUCAUCAUCGUCGUCGUCAUCAUCUUCUUCUUCUACUAAUUCCAAUAUUACCGAUACAUCCAAACCAUUCUCAUGUAAUAAAAAAUACAAAAAGACUCCUAAUAAAAUAUAUACAGAUACAAGCAAUGAUUCUAUAUCAAAGGUAAAUGCAUCUGGCAAUAAUUCUAUGCAUGAUAUAUCUGUAAACUUAAAGAAUGAUUUGAUCAAAGAUAAAGCGAUAUCAAGUGUAUCAAAUAUAUCAACUAAUAUAAUGGAAGUUGAGAAAGCAUCCAUGGAUAUUAUAAUCAAAUCUGAAUCUUCUCCAGCUAAGUUACUUUCUUUAACAAAAAGUGAAGAACAAUUGGAAUCUACUUUAAAGGAAACUCCUGCUAAGGAUGAGAAUUUGUUGCCGGAAGAAGAUAUAUCUGACACUCCUAGCAGUUCAAAAAUUGGUAUAGACAAUGUAACAAAUUUAUCUUCAAAGAUAUCUGCAUUUAUUACCUCAGAAAAUGAAAAAUUAACAAAUGCAAAUUCUUCGAUACCACAAAUUUCCGAUAUGAAUAAUAAAGUCGUACAAAAAUCACAAAUAAUAAAUAUACAGAAUAUAUCGCUUGACAGGUCUACUUUUUUACCAUUGGCAGAAUAUGCAAAUCAUCAAAAUAAUAAGCAAAAAAUAUUAAGUACGGAUGAGCAUGCAAGACAAUUGGAACAAAAACGUCAACGUAUGAUAGCGAAGCUUAAACAAAUUCCAAAAUCGAAUGUAACUCUUGCAAAAAAUAGAUCUAAACAAAAUAUAUUAUCGAUAAAGAACAGAAAUAAUUGUAUAAGUAAAAAUAAUCGACUAAAGAAUAAAAUAACAAAUAGAAUAAGAACUAGAGAAAAACGAUUUGAAAAGAAUUUCGAUAAGAAUACUAAUAAUAGAGAAAAUACGGAUGAACGAGUUUCUGUAAUUAAUAAUGUUGUUGUUACAAAUAUUCAAGAUAUAAAUAAAGAAGAUAGUGACAAAAAGAUGUCUAUUACAGAUUCAUCGGAUAAAUGUAACAAGGAUAUUCAAAAUAAUAAAAAAAAUGUUUUAAUGGAAGCAAAUUCUACAGUAAAUACAUUAAUAUCAACACAAAAAAAAAUAAAUAUGGAGUCAAAAACUAAUGUGGAUGAAUAUAAUAAUGCUAUUCAUACUACAUCUCAAAAUGAUAGUAUUGAAAGUGAUCAAGUAAAUAAUGAAAAAGUAAGCGAACAAGAGUUAUCAAAAGAAUAUUUAUCCGGUAUUAACAAAGAUAAAAAGCUAAUUAUGGAAAAUAACGACAUGAUAAACAAAUAUAAUAUUAAAGGUAAUACAAUUAUUGCAAUAAAACAUGUUGAAAAAGUAGAAGAUAUAUUGAAGGCUAAAGUAAAUCAAGUAAAACGUGAUUUAUUCAGCGAUGAAGAAAAUGAACGAAAAUCUCAUGCAUCAGAUGAUAUGAUCUCGAAAGAUCUUCAAAUUGAAAAGAAAGAUGAACAUAUUUUAAAUAAUAACGAAGUUAUAAAUGCUGUAGAAACUAUUAAAUCACAAGAUUCAAAAGAGGUAUUGUCUUGUGUUCUUGAAUGUUUACAGCUAGUACCGGCAAGCAAAACUGAUAAUCAUAAAGAAAAAAAUGAUAACAAUCAAUCUGAAGAGGAAAUUGAUUUAAAUACAACUGGACCUAGUUCUGUAGAAUAUCACUUUGUUUAUGAUGACAGUAUAUCAACGAAAAAAAGAAGAAGAAGAUACAGUAGCAAUGAAUUAAAACAGCAUGUAAAUGUUCAACUCAGCAAUGAAAAUUAUAGAGAAGUUAUAAAAACUAUGACGGCUACUGAUUAUCAAGAAAUAUUCAAUAUGAAUCCAAAAUCUAAGAAGAAACCGAUCAACAAGAAGUUGCCUGUAAAAAAUUCACAAACGAGUAAUAUAAAAUCUAAUAACAACAAUUUUAUCUUAAAGGAUAAUUGCACCAAGCCAUUAGCCACGUCUUCGCCCGUAGACAAGCCUAUAUUAGCAAAAUUAAAAAAGACGACGAGCAAAAUUAUGCCGAUAAAUGAUAAGAAUAAUGUAUCAGAAAAAGUAAAAGUGCAAUCUGACAAAAGUAAAACACAAAAAGACAAUUUAACUACAAAGAAUCAUAAAAGGAAAUUAUCAGAAUCUAAAGAGGACGCAAAGGUUGAAAAAAAACGCAUAUAUGAUCCACAAGUAUUAUUAAGCAAUAUGAACUUAGAUGAAUUUUUGACGUCUGUUCAUGGACCUACAUGAAUAUCAUAUGCUCUCUUGCUAUAUCCAAAUGUUAUAUAUAUAUAUUAUAUAUUGUAUGUGUAUAUAUAUAUAUAUAUAUAUAUAUAAUAUUAUAUGUAUACAUAUAAUAAUAAACU